AUGGAGACAUUCGCAUCCUUUCCGGAAUUUCACGAAUAUCUCCAGCGUAAUGUUAUUCCAUUGGUUGCUGAUUGGCCAGGCCAGAUACUUCCCCGAAAAGUGAUUACUAUGCAACAACAACAAUCGCAGAAUAUUCAAACGGGUAAAAUUCCAGAAUGCGUUAGUUCAUUUAUUCCAAUAAUGGGACCUUUGCAUGUAUCUCUCAACAGUCGUGAAACUGUUAUGAUGUUAUUUUACGACUUUUUUAAUUUAGCAUAUAAGUCCAUUUUUGGAAAAAACAAAAGACUUGCUAACAAGCCUCGUCCUUGGAGAAUUAAUCUUCUAUUACAAUUAAUGUCAGAUGCUUGGAAAAACGUCGCUCCAUAUAUUGAGCAAAAAUUUGAUUUUUCUUGUUCCAGAGAUGUUGAAUAUCUAACAUUAAAAUCUCUUUUAGAUGACGCCAUUCCUUUAGUUCUCAACGUUUACGCAACAAUUUUUAGAUCGGGCGAUUGGGAUGGAUAUAUUGAGGCUUGUGUGAGAAUAUGGUGUUUGUUUGCUCGAUUUAAACGAAGAAACUAUAACAAAGCACCAUUGUUCUUUCUUUCAGACGUAUGGUAUUGGGAAAGUAUCAGUCAUCCUAUUCUCGAGAUUCUAAAAAAGCAUCUCGUCUCAUUUAGUGAUUAUCCCGUGGAGAAUUAUCAUUCAUUAAUUCGACGACAAACACGGGAAACGGAUACACCUGAACAACUUUCAAGAACGGCUCGCGUUAUCAAUUGUCUUCGGCACGAUAAUGUGUUUCGGGAUACAUUUGUUUCAUCAACAAGAUAUCCUUACCGUAAAGAAGAUUUAAUAG